AUGACUAUAAGUAAUGACGCUAGGUUUCAUACACAGCUGAUCUUAAUCACAGAACGCAAAAGAGAGAGAUAUUUAUUGAUUUUUCGCGUUCGUGCAGAACGCAAGAAAAUUUCAGGAUUGAAAGGGUUACACUUGAAGCUACGAAAAAUUCUAUGUGUUAAUAAAUCUAUUACUGAACUUAAAUCGAAUAUUGAUAGUGCAACUGAUUCUAAUCAUAUAUCACAAUCAUGUAUUUGUCGUUCUAAUAACAUUGCUACUAAUGAUACCACCAAACUAAUUGGUGAUGGAUCAGAUACUAAAUCUUCCGUAAAUACUUCAUCUAAUGAUAAUUUACCAUUAGAGUCAGUUAUAAUUGAUUUACGUAAAGCAAUUGUAGCAGAUUUUAUUAAAAAUCCAAAAAUUUUUCGUGGUAAUAAAGAUGAUGUUACAAAAUGGUUAGAAGAAAUUGAUCAUCUUAUGCACAUCGCACAUAUUCCAGAUAGUAAUAGACUAGAUUUGAUUUCAUAUUCUCUUAGGGGAGAUGCACUUCAGUGGUUUCGAAAUAACCAAUCUACACUGACUACUUGGACUACAUUUGUUCAAGAAAUAAAAAAAGCAUUUACAUCAACAUUUUGUGAAGAACUAGCUUUUAAAACACUUGAAUCUUAUUCACAAGGUGAAAAUCAGUCAGUUCGAAAUUUUUAUAAUGAAGUUCUAAAGCUUUGUCAGCAAGCUGAUGCUACUAUGAACAAAUCUACCAAAUUGAAAAAUCUUUUAAAUAAAGUAAAACCAUCUAUUCAGCUAGAGGUACGUAAAAAGAAACCGAAGUCAAUUACAGAAUUUCUCGAGUAUGCAAAAGAGGUUGAGGAAUUAUUACAACUAUCGAACGUCACAGUUGAUACAGCUGUCAGUUAUAAUUCUAAACCAAAAACUUCUAUUAAAAUAGCAAAUACUUCAAGUAAUUUUUCUUCAAAUUAUACUAGCAAUUCUAAUAGUAAUCAGAAUUCGACACCACAAAGAAAUUGGCGCAAUUAUUCACUAUCAUCUUCGCCUACAUUUUAUUAA